AAGGCGUGGCAACACUGGCCUCAGCUGAGUGUGUAAACAAACCCUGGGAGUCAUGAGGGUCGCAGCGGCCAGAGCAGCGGUUCACGCCGCCAAAGAAAAAGUGAAGAUUGAUUUGUUCUAUGAUGUGGUAUCUCCCUAUGCAUGGCUUGGAUUUGAGGCUCUCAAUAGGUACAAGACACACUGGAACAUUGAUCUACACCUGAAGCCUGUGCUUCUUGCUGGCAUUGGAAAGCAUGCAGGGACUAUUCCACCAGCUAUGAAACCCAACAGAGCUCCCUACUUAGUGAAGGAUUUGCUUCGCUCAGCAACCUACUUUAAUGUACCUCUCAAGUUUCCGAGCGACGUUUUUGAGUUGAUGUUUGGUAAGGGUUCUCUCAUCCCUUCUCGCUUCCUGACUGCCAUCGGCCUGUUGUAUCCUGCUCUUCUGGAGGCUGCAAGCCGCCAGUUGUGGUUGGCAGCUUGGAGUAGGGAUGAGGACAUCACAUCGCCUGAGGUGUUAGCAGCAGCAGGCUUAGCAGCAGGUCUGACACCAGAAACUCUUGCGGAGGUGAAGGAACAGAUGGUUCAGCCAGUCACCAAGCAACGUCUGAAAGCCCACACUGAUGAGGCUGUUGGAUAUGGGGCUUUUGGAGUGCCCACUAUAGUUGCCCAUGUCGGGGAAAAACCAGCACUUUUCUUUGGGUCUGACAGGUUCCCCAUUCUGGCUCAAGAAAUCAAUGAGACCUGGAUGGGUCCUGAACCAGGUGUAGAAAAUGCAAAGCUUUGAAUAGGCAUGCCUUAGUCUUCCAGGAUAAGCAGUGAUAUAAUGUGCAUAUAAGUUGCAUAAUGAAUAAUCAUAUUAAUGAAGGGGUGUAAUAUAAUGUAUAUAAAAUAUAUAAUAAUGUCAUAUGGUCUUACAGGGUUUAUUUAGACUUAGGCUAAGCUUAAGAAAUAAAGCAAAUACAUUGUUCAUAAAUGACUAA